AUUGCCUCCUCUCCAACCAAAUGACCGGCCAUGAUAUUCAUUCAUGGCGAUCUGGGAUGGGAUCAACUCCAGCUCAUGAUUUCCAAAUCCACAACAGCCGACUUAAUCAAAAUGUACCUCAAGCUGGACGAAUUCUUCCAGCAGCAAUUCCGUAGCAGCAGACGCAUCUUUUCCACGUUGUCGGCUACCGGAGGCGGCCAUUCUAUUCGCCGCAAAGGAGCGGCUAAAAAUGUUGCCACCAAAAUACCCGGAAGCGCUGAACCGGCCGGCCCGUCCAUCGAAGCUCAGCACCAUCGACACUGGCAAGGCGUCUUAAGGCGUGUUGCUGGUCUGGAAAUAGCCACUUUACCUACGCCUUUGCCGAUGACGGGCACCAUUCUGGGUGGCACAAUGGAACUCCAUGGCGGUCAUAUCUCCCUAGCUUGUUUCCACGGUGUCAACUUCAAAUCAAAAUCGUGGGCGCUGUUUAGCCUAAAAGAUCCUUGUGUGUCGUUCGCCACUGAAGCCCAAGAGAUUCCGGGGGACGCCGAUCCCAAGGAUAUUCAUGUCGUUCAGAACCUGUCCUUUAGCCUUGGACUGAGUGGUCCUGGUGCUCACACACCUGUUGGCAUUGGUUAUCGCGUUAUCGAGCAACAACAGCAGCAAAAUAGUCCAGCAUCCAUGGCAACGGUAUGUCGCAUAUCGCGGACACAACUAUACCCUCCACAAUUCAAAACGAUCCAGGAUUGGUUCCUCUACGCUUUCGCCAACAGCCGAAUAGACGCCAUGGAGAGAUUUCCUAGUUUGGAGCGGGAACGAGAACGUUCCAACUCUGGUGCUCCUCAGCUGUUUGUGAAGACGCCCGAUUAUCACCAUGCGGCCGAAAUCAUUUUCGCUUUCCCCAGUCUACAGCUUCAUCUGAAAUCAGAGCACUUGCAAACUGGUGUCACUCCAUCACUGACCGAAGAAAAACCAAGUGUAGACUGCAGUUUCAUCACGGAUUUCGAAGAUCAUAUUUUCGUCACGGUCGAUGCCGACGCAUUCUUUUUUCUGCACGAUCUGAUAUCGUCGUACGUCCGCGAGAAGGAGCGAGUGAUUCUUGCUUCAGUCGCUAGCAAUCAACGUACCCAAAGUCCUGAACUUCAAAAAGCGGCUGUGAGUGGCACGGCUGGCAGUUCUAGUUUGUCUGAACCGAGCUCCGGCCAAGGAAGUCCAGCUAUCAAUAAUGCCCCGCUUUCACUGCAACUCACCAACGAAGAUGAGAAGAAACGUCGCCUUUUGGAACAGAUCGACUGGCGCAAUUAUGAAUGCAAAACAUGGCAUCUAGAACCAACUGUUCGAUUGCUGUCGUGGGCCGGGAAACGAAUCGAACCUUACGGAGUAGAGUACAUCCUAAACAAACUGGGGUUCUCGCAAGCCCGUACAACCAUCCCGAAAUGGGUUCAGCGUGGCGCUAUGGACCCACUCGACAAAAUUCUUUCUCUAGUCUUGUCGCGCACCAUCGCCGCCCAACGAGCCAAAGAAUCACAGACGUCAAAUUCCACUGCCAUCAGUGGGGCCGUCACCGGUGGCGGCGGUAGUAGCGGUGCGGGCCUCGGUUCCAACAAUGCAGUCAACAACGCCCGACCGGCGAUGAAAUAACAUUUUCAGACUGCCUAUACUAAUUCGAUAACGCAGCGAGCGUUGAAUAAUUCAUUGUUGUUUUCAUCAAAAUGCGUGUUUGUUUAUGACGACGAUGUUUUUGUCAAUUUUCUUUAGUUUUGUUUUCUCUUGCAACAACGAUUCUAGCAUUAAUGGUGAGGCCAGGGCUAACUAAACCUAUGAAUAACGAAUAAUAAUAAAAAAUAGUAGGCUAUUGAUUUGCAUGGCUGUAAUUUUUGUAAUAUUUUGGUUGUGUUUAAAAUACACGUUUUCCAAUGGU